AUGGAGAAGAUAAAUGACAUCGUAGGAAACACUGUGUCCAGCCUGGUACAAAUGCUUCCCACCAAAAACUACACUAUUGUUGAUGACUCCGUACACCUGUUUGACAUGGAUGGCAUUGAUGUACAUUCAGUGGACGUGUCACCAAAACAGCAGCUGAAGAACAUCAAGGACCAGCAGUUGAAAUCUCAACUUCAGAGUCGUGAUGCUGCGUUGUCUCUGAUGGGAGCCAUUGACAGAGCAGCAAACAGUCUACUGGAUAUCUUACCAAAUAUGGAGAAUUACGUCACAACAUUUGAAAACGACGAUGUCACCGUCGUCAUUGCAAGGUCAACUACUGGUAAUAAUGUGACACUUCAAGUGGGUCAAGUUACCAUGUCAGCUUCUACUAACUGUUCGGCGUUUGGCGAUACUGACGCUAAGAUGGUAGUAAUGAAGAAGAAUCUGCUUUCCUGGAACGCAUCUACCUUCGGGGAAAACGUCACAACAGCCGUGAAUAUGUUUUCCCUGGGACGUCAACGUUGCUCUCUACAGCUCACCGUCACCAUUCCGCUAGAAUUGGAAUUCUUAGAUCUGCAACAACCGAGACGUCAGAAACGUGAGCUUGGGGAACGUGGGUUGGUUGGGACUCCGUGGCAGAACACAUCAAAUAGCUCCAAUGGUGGGUAUAGAAGCAACAGGACGAUGGCAUUUCAUACAUUCGACGUUCCGUCUUCAACCGUUCUAGUAGUGAUGCGUUUGUCAUGGUGGGAUCACGCUGCAACCUACCUGCUGUACUUCCGUUACGACACGCCACCCACAGAAGAGUUGUAUGACGACAAGAUGGUUGUUAAGGAGGAAGAUGUUCUUCUGGCUUGGCAUCGAGGCACGAGCAGCUUGAAAACAUUUACUCCAAAUGUGAAGAGACAGAAGGGAAGACUGUAUGUUGGGAUACAGAAAUCAGAUCCCCCCACUCUUUUGCACACUGCACCUUGGCCCGAAGAGUACCUACUCCAGGCAUCAACAGUGAGCUGUGUGGACUGGGGUUACACACCGGAGAAGUGGGAAGCUACAGCGUGUGGGGUCCACGUGGAGCUAUCUGAUAGUAUCAUCAGAUGUAAUUGCAGCUUCCCCGGGUCCAAGGCUGCCGUAGCCGGCUCCGUGCAUCUGCUUCCAAACUCCAUUGAUUUUGACAGCGUAUUCGCGGACUCCGAGAGCCUCAGUAGCAACAUUGUUUUCUACACGGUCAUCAGCGAGUGGGCUCUCUACUUGCUAUUGAUCAUCAUCUUCAAUGUGGACUUUCAGCAUCUUCGAGAAAAGAUGAGUGGAGGUUCAGCGACUCUCAGCAGGAAAAGGCAGUUACCCCUGUUGUCCGUCCUCCCCCCGGACAGGAUGCCAGCCCCAUAUCUGUACCAGAUAACCGUCUCCACCGGCUCCAUGUUUGGUGCCGGCACUUCGGCAAGAAUCGGCUUCAAUAUAUUCGGAUCAAGGGGUAAAACCGCAGCCAAAGUGCUGAAUACCGGCGGAGAAUCGCUGUUACGAGGUGGCACGUACGACAUCAUCAUGCCCCUGAAGACGUCAUUAGGACAUCUGGAACUGCUGCAUAUCUGGCACGACAACACUGGCGUUGAUGAAGCUUCGUGGUUUCUGAAGGACAUCAUUGUCAAGGAUUUACAAACAGAUGAAGUAUAUCAAUUCAUUUGUUAUGACUGGCUGUCUGACGUCCGAAGUGACGGGCAAAUUCAAAAGGUCCUACAUGUGGCGACCCCAGAACAACUGCAAAGUUUCAGUUGCCUGUUCCGUGAGAACUCAGACGCAGUGUUCUACGAUCAACACUUGUGGAUUUCUCCUUUUGUGUCACCUGAAGGGUCCAGUUUUUCCAAGACAAAACGCCUGUCGUGCUGCUGGGCUGUCUUCAACACCAUGAUGCUGUCCAGCGCCAUGUGGUACAAGAGUGGGACAGGGGUGCUCGUCGAAAAUACUGUGUAUGAGCUGGGAUUCGUACAAUUCACGCUUCAAGAGCUGUACGUCAGUGUUAUGGCUGCUCUCAUGGUGGUACCUGUUGCCUUGGUACCGGUGAAACUGUUCCGGAUUGAGCUACCAGCGCCCGUCACAACGCUAGGUGCACGACGUCAUGCUACACAUGAGCGACUGUCCCACUUGGCAAAGUACAUGGCGUGGGUGUUGGUGGUGCUGGUGUCUAUGGUGUCGUCGUUCUUUGUGAUCCUGUACAGUCUGGACUGGGGUAGAGAGAAGAGUGAGGCCUGGCUUAAGGCCCUCUUCCUUUCAUUCGGCCUAUCAAGCCUUGUCACAGAGACUGGCCAGAUUUUGGUCUUGGCGAUCCUGGCUUCGUUGGUUUGCACCAAGUCAUCUAAGACACAGAAGACGUACCAUAUCAACAAAGCAGAACUACACACACAGCUUUGGGACCAUAAAGCUUCACGAAAGGUACAUCCACCUAUGACUGCUCCUGCACAAACUAUGCAAAUCAAGAGUAAACAACGGCGUCGGUUCUACCACGUUUUGAAGGACUUCAUCCUCCUGCUGAUGUUUGUCGUGGUACUGUUUUACAUCAGCCACCACGACAAAGAACCGCUUGCUUUCCACGCAUCGCAGACCUUGUCGAGCACGUUCAUAGAAGGUUUCUAUGAGAUCACCACUGCUGACGAGUUCUGGACAUGGACUGAGGAGAUCAUCCUUCCUGUUUUGUACCCGUCGUUCUGGUACAAUGGGUGGAAGAUGAAGCAUCUGGAUCGACAGUUUCCACUGUAUACGGAAGCAUUCAGAAUCGGUCCACCGCGCCUAACUCAGUUUAGGAAGGCUCCAGAAGAAAGAGAAUACCCUGAAAAUGGUUGGGUGGUUACCAACGGAAAUGCUGCAUCUACAUGUUGGCAAUUCAAUGCCAGUGACACGGUGUCACACAACCCGGACUGCUCGCUUAAGUACAUCAUGGAGCUUCCCACUGGUAAUGUUCUAUCCGUGGCAGCAUCGGUCUUCCUCAGGCUCCAGCAUAACCAGUGGAUCGACAAAUACACACAGUAUCUGGUACUCGACCUGUCCUUUUACCACCCAUCCCUGAAGUUGUUCAGUAGCCUCAGAAUGACUGUACGUCAGGAAGGUAUUGGUCAUCUCUCUACAUCUGCAACCGUUGAAACACACAGGCUGUUCCAAUAUGAAGACACGUCUGACUACGGCAUGUUGUGUGCUCACAUUGUCUUCAUAGCCUUGCUUCUGGUCCAUAUCAUCAAGGAGGUGGUAUCCAUAAAGAGAGAGGGAAUAACACAUUUCCGUUCUGCCUGGAACGUUUUUGCUGCUCUUAGCGUUAUUGGAUCUGCAGCUGUCGUCUGUACCUUUGGAAUAAGGUACCACUCUGCAUCUGCAGCACUGCUGAAAAUAAAUGAGGCUACAGAUGAACUUGGAAUAGAUAGGUUUGUGGACUUAAGUUCCGCGUUUUGGUGGGAUGACGUUUUCAAGCACGUUCUGGCCAUUGUGGUCUUCAUCACUACACUGACGUUACUGCGAAUCGUCCGCUUCAGCAAGACCAUCGCCGGUUUCAUUGCCUUGCCAGGUGCCAUGAAGAACGACCUGAUGAGCUUCACAGUUACAAGCGCUAUAGCAUUCGUGGCCUUUACCAGCUCUGGACUUUUGUUGUUUGGAACACAUUUGCCGGCCUAUAGCAACGUCUUGGACACCAUGCUGGCUUUAUUUGAGAUGUUGCUGGGCAGAUUCUUUGCUGAUGAAAUCUUGGAGGCGAAUCCAAUAGUCGGCCCAAUCUUCUUCUCUUUGUUUAUGAUAUGCAUCUUCAUAAUACUCGUCAACUUCCUCGUGACCAUCAUCUGUGAUGCUAUAGCUUCCGGUGCGUCCAUUGACGACGACCAUGACCAGGAAUUGGUGGAUUACGUCUGGAGAAGCUUCCAGGAAAUGUUUGGAGUCCACUUGCCACCACGGACGGAUGUACAAACAGAUGAAGUAAAACUUGCCGAGUUAGAUACAAACUUGCGAAUGAUCGAGGAAUCUUUGGAUGAAAUCUCUGACGUUACACACUGCCUCUGGGCCCCCAACACACGUGCAUCUGCGACUCCACCCAAUCACGAUGUUGUUCAACAGCGCCUCCUGUCGGAACCAUCACAAGGAACAUCCAAGCAAGAAUCCCUGCAAACAUCAGCUGCUCAUGGUAUCCAGGAGCAAGUUCAGAGCCUUCUCAGAGCUCAUGAAGACGAUGAGAUGAGAUUUGAGGAAGCACAGAAUGAAAGUAGGCGACGUGUCGAGGCCUUGUUGAAGAGAAAAAUGGCGGAAAGAAGGAAGGAGAUAGGGUUGAAACCCGAGGAUGAAAAAGAGACCAUCUUGGAGAACGCCCAAGUGCUGAUGGAACAACAUGAAGCGGUUGAGGCAAGACUGGAGCAACUACAGAGGAGGGAAAGACGCCGGUUCGAAAGCCAACUGCGACAGAAAAUUGCCAUACGGCGCAUGCAAAAAAAGAACAAUGAUGAAUAGCAACAUUUCCGUAAAUCAUGGCUAUGCAUUGUUGUGAAUUUUCUCCGUAAAGAACAUGCAAACAUCAUUCUGUGGUUCGUCGGUGUAAUUAUGAUUCGUUUAUGACGUACAUGCAAGACUAUGUGGCCGUAAAAAUAGUUUAUGACUGACAUCCAGUGAUAUCCAGUCAGUUAUUUAUGACUUGUUGAGCUUAUAGAAUUGUAGAUGAAUUAGAACGAUGGCAUGUGAUACCAAUGAUGAGUUCAGUACGAACCUUUAUCAUUUAGCAUAUUCAUUAUCGAAAUGGUAAGUCUACUUCUCAUGUGUCAAACAUUGCAUGAGUACCUUUCAUAAAAGAAACGCAUUUACACAGUAUGUAUUAUAGCGUAAAAUGGUUUAUUUCUAAGCUUGAUUGGUAUUGUAUACGUUGCGUCAGUGAGGCUAUUAAGAUACUUAUCGCUAUAACGUUAAACAUUAUCAAAAUUGUAAUGGAUUGUUGCAUUGCAUUACAUAUCAAGAAAUAUGGCAUCCGGUUUCCUGCCAGUUGGUUAUAUACACUGUUACAUAGCUAGAGUGUCCUCAGUAACUUUACAUUAUUACUAUUGCUGUUUUGACUAGUUUAAAUUACGCAUGCUUUUCUUUAUUAUGUAUAUGAUAUAACGUUACAUGUAUAUAUAUAAUGCAAAACAAAGUGUAUCUUGUUGUUAAAGCUGGAUCAUCGAUACCGAGGGCUUGUAGUGUGUUUGUCUGUAUAAGAAAAUGAUGAGAUAUGUUUGUGUAAAUAGAUUAGCUCGACGGUGACCAAUUGGGACCAGUAUACUUAACAUGCUCUAUGAUUCGUUUAAAGAUGUGAAAGGAGUCAUCUGUUUGUAUUGUAUUGUAUAGUGUAUAACCGCCGCCAUGCGUAACGCACCAGCAUCACAGGCGCCUAGGCACGCGUCAGUAGGUUGAUGCCAUAGCCAUAUUUGAUUAUCAUCAUAUUUGAUUAGCGUGAUAUCUUUGUACAAAAAAGGAUUACUUUGGUAUGAGGAAAUAUAAUGAACCCCAUUACAUUCGUCCUUCCUGGUCGUGACAUUAGGUAUGUCAGCAUUUAUUGCUUAGUAAGUAGAAUUUCACGAUAAAUAGUAGAUUUUGAUAGUUUACCGCUCGAA